AUGUACCAGCGCUUCCGCUGGACCCCGAAGAACACGCCUCUGCUGCUUCUCUGGGGUAUCACGGUUCCCGCUGCGACUCUCUACAUGAUUUCGCAGACGAACGACAAGUGGGACUACACUGGCAAGAAGAAGGACCAGUCGCUCCUGCGCAAGGCGCCGCAGCCUGAGGCUGAGCAGUAG